CUUGUCGAUCUCUGAAGAUGUCUGGUCGUGGCAAAGGCGGAAAAGGCUUGGGUAAAGGGGGCGCGAAAAGACAUCGGAAGGUGCUCCGGGAUAACAUCCAAGGCAUCACAAAGCCGGCUAUUCGCCGUUUGGCUCGCCGCGGAGGCGUGAAGCGAAUCUCUGGCUUGAUCUACGAAGAGACCCGCGGCGUUUUGAAGGUUUUUCUAGAGAACGUGAUCCGCGAUGCCGUGACUUACACCGAGCACGCCAAGAGGAAGACGGUGACGGCCAUGGAUGUUGUGUACGCGCUGAAACGCCAAGGUCGUACCUUGUACGGCUUUGGGGGCUAAUUCUAGACCAAAAACAAAAAAGACAACAUAACCUAACGGCCCUUUUAAGGGCCACCCACAAUUUCAGAAAAAGAGUUGUAGCAUAUAGAUAACAUACAUUAAAAAAACUACCUUAUAUAAUUUUCCUUCGUGGGAAUAACUGGAGACUCAUUUGGUAAACUCGAUCGAGUAAAAUGGCUGGCUAUGUAAGUAAGGUAAAAAACGCUUUAUUUAUAUAUUAUUCCCCUCGGCUUUGAUCUUUUCUACAGACAUACUUACCUGGAAUUUUUACGGC